CCUGAGCUCACAUGCUGCCUGCCACGUCAAGUAUUUGAAGAGUCGGUCUGUUGGGCAUCUGUGAGAGAAUUCAUUAACAACAACGUUCCAAUAAAAGUAGCUGAAAUAUUUUUUGUUAGUGAAUAUCUGUGUUAGUAAAGACAAGGGACAAGUAAGCUUGUAUCUUCCUUAGCCUGAUUGGGUCAAAUUCUUCCUCAGCUGGACGUAGUGGGAAUGAGGUGGAGAGCCGUACCAUUUAUCUUUGAAAUUUGAGCCCAGGCAGAAGAGAUCACAGAGUUUCUUGACUACUUACAGGCACACUGAGAAUGAUGUGACAAGCGAGCAGUGGAAGUUUCUAGAGCUCCUUAAUGGAAACAAAUACUGAAAGUCUGACUGGAGUUCAUGGAGGUAACUCAUUGGUCUGCUAAGUGGGCCACAGACAAGCGCUCUGCAUCGCGCAGAGCCGGUCAGCAGGCAGGUCCACGCCGAGAUGAACCACGCAGAGUGAGAACACCAUGCUCAUUGGUGUGUGUCAGCGCUCUCGGCUGCGUGCUCUGUCUCCUACUCGGAGUGUCUUUGAUCAAACUUCCGGACCCACAACAUCAAAUCCUCCCUAUCACCGGGAGUGAGCCCAGCGAAGUCACUGUCCUUGUGUGGACACACCCCUUUGGUCACCACAGCAGACUGCCAGACUGUGAGGCGCUCUUUGGAAUCAGCAGGUGCGUACUAACAGAUGACCGGCGUGUAUACCCACGGGCCGAUGGCAUCAUUGUCCACCACCGUGAGAUUGCAACCAACAUCACCGCGCUCCCCCAAGACCCAAGGCCCAAUGGUCAGAAGUGGAUCUGGAUGAAUUUCGAGUCACCAUCUCACACGAGCGGCCUGCGCCGCUUUGAGGGCGUGUUUAACCUCACCAUGACAUACCGGGUGGACUCUGACAUCUUCCUACCUUAUGGCUACCUGUUGCCCCGUCAUCACGCUCACGCCAGCUCCCUGCGCCCACGCUUCCAGCGGGCCCGACUACUAGCCUGGGUCAUCAGUAACUGGUCAGAAUCACAGGCUCGCGUGGCAUACUACAGGCGGCUAGCUAACUACGUCAGUGUGGAUGUGUUUGGACGUGCAGGCGUGCCACUACCAGAGGACAGCAAUGUAGUGAGCCUGGUGAGGCGUUACCAGUUCUACCUGGCGUUGGAGAACUCACAGCACACUGACUACAUCACCGAAAAGCUCUGGAACUCUUUACUGGCCGGCACAGUUCCCAUAGUUCUCGGGCCACCGCGGGAAAACUACGAACGCUUCCUCCCACCUGAGGCCUUUAUACACGUGGACGACUUCCCCUCCCCACGCCUGCUCGCCCAAUACCUGCUGCUGCUGCACCGUAGUCCCGCCUACCUGCAGAGACACCUGGCUUGGAGGAGGAGCUACAGCGUGCACCUGACAGCAUUCUGGGCAGAGCAUUACUGCACGGCCUGUAGUGCGGUGCGUAACAACAGACUACGGACUAACACAGUCGCCAACCUUCAGCGUUGGUUUGAGUCCUGACCUCUGCCUUUUGACCUUCCAUUAUGUGAUGAAUACAAAGAACAUGAUUGGUAGACCUUUUAGACAAAACCUUGUCUGUAGCUAGGACCCCAAUGGAACCAGUCCAGUCCCUGUCAGAAUAGAAAGGCUAGUGCUGCAUGGAUUUAAACAAUUUAAGCUUCCAUGUCAUCAACCAAGCAGUCGUGCUAUAACGUAUUGUGGGAGAUUUGGCAUGCAUCUAUGAUGUUGUUAAGCUGG